AUGUUCAUCGCGGGUCUGGUUGGUAUCAACUACAUCCUCAUCUUCGCCUCCUGGCGGUGGGCAAAGCUUUACUACAUCUAUCUGCCCUUUGUAGCCUUUCCACUCGUUCUCAACUGCUGCAUGAUUGCGUCGAUUGCCUUCUUCAAGCUGCGCAACUCGAUAUGGCCCGAGAAGACCGUCGAACUGGACCAUGCCGAGAGCCUGGUCUUGCUGCUGCCGUGCUACAACGAGACGGUAGAGGAGUGUACGCGGUCUCUCGACUCGCUCGUCGAUCAAGUCGGCAUCGACGACAACAAGACUGCCAUCCUGGUCGUCUGCGACGGCCGCGUCCGAGGACCCAACAUGCAAAAGACAACGGCCAACUACCUCAUCGAGGAUAUUCUGGUCGACCAGACGAGCCGCGAGAAGAUCAGGGACGCAUACCGGGCGUGGGACUCGCGGCGCAUGGACAUUGAGGUCUGCAGAGGCCGGUACAAGGGCGUGCCCUUCUACUGCGUCGUUAAGGAGCAGAACAUGGGCAAGCGUGACAGCCUCAUCGUCGCCCGCUCGUUCCUAUACAAGUUCAAUAUCAGGCGGACAAGUCCCGAUACCAUCUUCUCGCCGCGCUUCCUCCGCUCCAUGUCCGACUGGCUCGCCCACGACGCCUUGAUGGACCAGGUCGACAACCUCAUCGGCAUGGAUGCCGACACCGUCUUCGACAAGGACUGCAUCGCCCACCUGCUCAACGAGUCCAGAUACCCAGGCACCGUGGGCGUGUGCGGCUACGUGACGGUGGACUUCUCAGGCGGCAACUGGAACCCGUGGUCGCUCUACCAGAACGCCGAAUACACCCUCGCCCAGGGGCUGCGUCGACUCCACCAGUCCAUUGCCACCAAGAAGGUCUCGUGCCUGCCCGGGUGUUGCCAGCUGCUCAAGAUCUGCGAAUAUACCUGCGGCGACCGCGUCCUCCUCGACCUGUUUGCCUACCACCCCACGCCCCUGGACAACAUUGUCAAGCAAAUCCGGGCCACGGCCUCGGAGGACCGCAACCACGUGUGCCUGAUGCUCACGACUUAUCCGGCCGCCCAGACUCGCCAGGCGCUCCGCGCAAGGGCCUUUACCGACGUCCCUCACUCGUGGACCGUCUUCCUGUCGCAGCGCCGCCGCUGGACGCUCGGCGCCACGGGCAACGAUCUGAUGCUCUUGCUCGCCAGACACUGCCAGUGGUGGGAGCGCAUCCUGGCCCUCAGCAACGUCAUGGUCUGGUGUCUUAACGUCUUCGUCAUCGCUUCCAUCGGAUGCAUGGUCGUGGCCUUCAUCUCGCAGCCCGUCUGGAUCAUCAUGGCGUUUGUAGGCGUAAUGAUGAUUCCAAUCGUCUACUACCUGGUCAUGGCGAUAUGGAUGCCACGCACGACUCUGGAGCGGGUGCAAUACCUCGCCGGCCUGCUGAUCUUCGUCGUUCUCGGCCCGUUUCUGAACAUUUGCGUCAUGCUCUUUGCCAUAUGGAACAUGGACAGCUUUGGCUGGGGCAAGACGAGACUCGUCGUCACCGACGAUGACGAGAAGCCCAGCACCGGCGGGUCGACACGGCAAAGCCGUGGCCACGAUGAGGAGUCCAAUGUCGGCAUGGUUGCCGAGAAGCAGACGAUGCCGCCAUGUUUGCCACGUGCGCAGCAAGCUUGA